CUUGACAAUUCGCGAAAGAGGAACACUUCCGAUAUUUGUUACGGCAAUUAAACGCAGCAGUGCCUAAAGCUAACGCUAGCUCUUCCUGCGGUGUUAUGAGUUGAGCAAGACGGAAGUGCUGGGAAUGCAGCCACCGCUCCCACCUGAGGCGGUCAGAGAGCUGGUGUGCUCCUGUCUGCACAGAGACCCAGUAGCAGCAGACCUCCGCUGCAGUCUGUUUGUUGCUGCUGCACAGAACUACAAGAGGGACUCUUUGCUCAGACCCUUCCCUCCUAGAUACAUAAGUGGUGACAAUAAGGACUUUGAGGAGCUGUUGGCAGAUGUGAAGUCUUUGCCUGGUGUUAGAGAGCUGGUGAGACUGCGGCCUGGAGAGGGAGAUCAUCAUCUGGCUCUCACCCACUGGAUUCUCUCUUCAAACAGUUUUGCUGUGAAGACGCUGCAGAAAGAUGAGUAUGCCAAACUCUGUAGCCUGACAGAAAAUGAAGGGAUUUCUGCACCUGUGCCAGACUUCCUCUUUGAGCUGGAGUACUGUGACCAGAUGAACGCUAGGUUUGAGAAGACGAAGGCUGGACGUGACAUCUUCUAUGCAUUCCAUGGGAGCCGCCUGGAGAACUUUCACUCAAUCAUUCACAACGGGCUGCACUGUCACCUCAAUAAGAACUCAGUGUUUGGGGAGGGGACCUACCUCACCAGUGACCUCAGCAUGGCUGUCCUGUAUAGUCCACACAGCAGCAGCUGGAGAGAAAGUCUGCUGGGUCCACUGCUCAGCUGUGUUGCCUUGUGUGAAGUCAUUGAUCACCCAGAUGUUAAGUGUCAGGUCAAGAGAAAAGAUUCUGAAAUCAUUGACCGACAGCGUUCAAGGGCAAAGAACAGUGAAGGAGGGGAUGUACCACAGAAGUACUUUGUAGUCACCAACAAUCAACUGUUGCGAGUCAAAUACCUGCUUGUUUACUCUCAGAGGAGGCACCUGUCCAGGCAUUCCCGCAGCUCCUCUUGGUUCCUCCGACACCAUUUUGCCAUCAUGAUGAGUCUCUACUUGCUGCUGCUCAUAUUCAUCGGUGCCUUUAACUCCACCACCUUCGUAUCCUUUUGCAACAGACUAUUCAGGUGACGAGACAAUGGGACAGACGGGCUGGAUGUUCAUUAUCCGCUGUGCCUUCCUGAUCAGAGACUGACUGGAGGCCUGAGCAAAGAUGCACCUUUAUACUGUUUUCUCUCUACAAUCAUUCUUUUCUUUAUUUAUAUAAGUAGUUCUAAUUACUGUUAGUCCAACAUAACAUAUAUUUUCAAACAGCAGCUAUUCCCAUUGCUGCUGUUGUGUUUUAAUUCUGAUAAAAUGUGUAAUAAGACCAUUCUGCAUUUUAAGAAUGUUAUGCAAUGUUUCAUCUGUAAUUUGUAAUCUGUUUAGUAAAGAUUAAGUUUUGUAGAUAAGCUCUGCUGCUGUGUGGUUUUAGUCCUGUGCGGACAGUUUUAUUAACCAAAGAUGGGAAAAGAAAAAGAUGCAGAUUCAGAAGUCGUCUUGAUUAAAUAACUGCUGACGAUGUAGUGUCUGUAGUGUCCACAUUAACUGACUGUACUGACUCACUGAUAUCCCUAAUUAACAGUCUGUUGAUUAGGCAGAAACAAUAUUGUUCCACUUUAAAUGUUUAUUUUUAAUGGCAUGACUUUGUAUUACACAAAUAUGGACCAUUUAUAGCACCUCACUUAAAUGUAACUUUAAGGUAUUGAACACACUGAAGGGAAAAUGUUCGCUGGCCAUUUUGGUUUUGCUGACAAUUAUGAUGAUUGAUCACAGAGAAACUACUGAUAACCUUAUUCAUAAUUUCAGAUAUGUUUUUUUUAUCUUAAAGCAGUAAAUGAAUCAAGAUGUAUAUUAUGUUAAAGGCAGCAGGUUCUUAAAGUUUAUUACAAUUUUUGACACUAAUAAAAUUACUUUUGUUUGAA